ACAUGUUAAAUACCACUAAUGAUCUAAUCCUUUAUAACAUUGUGUUGUAGGCGAUGAUGGACAUCUUCCUCACACAUGGCUCUCCUGAGGUCAUCUUAACGGACCGAGUUUGUGAAUUUUGGAACAGGGUUAAUCAGAAGAUGUUCGAAACGUGGGGUGAAACACUGAAUGUCAUCAGCGUACCAUCCACAGACAAAUGGUUUAGAUGAAUGCACAAAUCAGACCCUGAAAAAAGCUAUUUGGAAAACCCUAAAGGGGUAUUAGGAAAGUUGGGAGGACAAGCUGAAAGAGAAUGUGUUUGCCCAUAACUCCUCUUUUCAGGCAUCCUCCAAAUAAUCUCCUUUUCGGCUGUAUGGCCGAGAGCCACGACUCUUCUGUGAGGUGCUCGUCAACAUCGAGAAGGCCAAAGAGAGGCAGAAGGCAGCCUAUUGAAAAAAAAUGACAAAAGCCAAGCACUUCACCAUCACUCCUGGUAUGGAGGUGCUGAAAAAAAAUGAGAGGAAGCGUGGCAGACCUGGCAUGACUAUGCUUCCUGACUGGCCAAACAAGUAUAGGGUCAUCAGUGUGGCGGACAACCUUGUACAGUUGGAGACAAUGGAAGGCAAACCCCUGACUUCUAAAACACCCUAUGCCUCAGUGAAGCCUUUGCUGAAAAGGUCCCAGACUGACUCCCUUAGUGACAGAGCUGCUGACUGCUCAGAGCUUGUGGAGGACACUCACAAGGUGACGUGCAGCAGAACUUCAAAUGAUCUUACCAGCUCCAAGACUGAGCAAGACACACUAGAGGAGGAUGGCAUUGUCAUCACUGGAAUCCAGUCAGGGCGGACUUUGCCAGCAGCGCUGAGCGAAAGAGUGGAGGACUUCAGGGCCAUGCUACUCAGUCCACAUACCUGGCUCGAUGAUCGUGCAAUUGAUCAUGCCCAGGCUCUCCUGAAGGCGCAGUACCACAACAUCGGAGGCCUCCAUGCUACCACCUCCUUGGCUCUGCAAUCUACAGUGCCGUCAGCAACCCAGGGGUUUGCUAACCACUGGGUUACGGGCUUCCUGACACCAUUCCCGGGUUCUGUGGAGAGCCCCCCGAUGACCUCAGGCCACGCCAUGGAGGUGGACAUCCAUUGUCUCUGCCGCCGAGCAAUCCGAUAA